AUGAAGAUAGAGAAGUUAGACUGUUGCUGGAUAAAAUUCUGCUUCGACUUCGCUCGAGAAUCACCAGAACCACCAGAAAGACCAGCACCAGCACCAACAACAGCAACAGCAACAGCAACAGCAACAGCUAUGUGGAUCAUAGCAGAUCUCGUUCUUCUUUUCGCCUGCGCCGCUUUUCCCAGCCUUCUUAUUGGUGCGUCGAAGGAAUGGGUAUUUAUCCGUCACCUGCAGUUGUUUUUAUCAAUAUUUUUAUUUGGGUUGAACAUUGUGGUCUUCGCCCACCACCCAUCUGUUCUGGUUGAACAGAUGAUAGCUGCUGACCUGGUGUAUUUUUUGCUGGGUUCGCUUGCCCAGGUUGCUUUCUGGGCGUUGGAAUGUCGUAGAUACGACAGUAAAGAUGCUGCCUGGUUCUUUUUCGGGGCUACAUUAGCCAUAAAUGUUUUCGGUUUGGCUAAUACGGGAAUGAGUAUAAGAAAGAAUGGAAUGACCCCGGCGAAUCGGUGGCCCCUCCCAGUGGGUCUGGCUGGACUUAUUAUUCCCACUAUGUUCACCUUGUACGAUUUUUUUAAACCAAAAACCUGGUGUCGCACCAUGAGAUCUUGGAAAAAGAAAACACCAGAUCCGGAAGAAGCGAAGAAGGAUUGA